GAAAAAGUUGGGUUAAAGACAGGUUUAAUACAAUGUAAAGGUAGAUUUUCACUUGCUUGUUUGGUGCUGAUGGCUUGUCAUUGUUUAUAACCCAUACUCAACAAAUACUAUUACCAAAUUCCAUUCUCAAAAGAGAUUCUAUAAAAAAAACCACACCAUAACCCUACAAAACCUGCUCUAAAAAAAAUUACUAAGCGGGCGCAUGCAAAUUACUGACAGUUUCUAAAACCAAAAAAUACUGAAAAAGUCCUCUCCACUGUCCAUCAUUUUCCUUAUUAUCUAUCUAUCUAUCUUCACUAUCCAUCCAUAGACUCUAUCCCAUCAGCCGCAUGCAUAUUGAUAUCACCAUGCAAACUCAUCACUUCUCAUCGUCUUGUAAAAGUGCCUCCUGCACCAGUUUAGAAGAUGAAGAUUCAAUUUUCCUUUCUCUUGCUCCUCCUGGUCACCAGCAUUUACCACCUUCCAAACUCUCAUCAUCCCCUCAUAUCCCUCCAUUGCAACUAAAUACUCCUACUUCCACUACCGCACCUCCUCAGUUUUGGAUCCCUUCUCCUGCUCAAAUCCUUAUUGGUCCCACCCAGUUUUCUUGCACUGUCUGCAACAAAACAUUCAACCGUUUCAACAACAUGCAGAUGCAUAUGUGGGGACAUGGAUCACAAUAUAGGACAGGACCUGAAUCACUGAGAGGGCCAAAACCAGCGUCGUCUUCAUCCAUACUGAGACUUCCGUGCUAUUGUUGUGCUGAGGGUUGCAAAAACAACAUAAACUAUCCAAGGUCAAGACCGCUGAAAGAUUUCAGGACACUUCAAACACACUACAAGAGAAAGCAUGGCGGGAAAUCGUUCGAGUGCAGGAAGUGUAGGAAGACAUUUGCUGUGAGAGGAGAUUGGAGAACACAUGAGAAGAAUUGUGGGAAGCUUUGGUUUUGUAUCUGUGGUUCUGACUUCAAACACAAAAGAUCGCUUAAAGAUCAUGUUCGUACUUUCGGUAGUGGCCACGCUCCACACACGUUGGAAUCUUUUAGUUUUGAUGAACAUCAAAAAGAAAAUGAAAAUUUCAAGGAAGAAGAAGAGGAAGAAAAUGGAAGUGAAGAUGAAGAAGAAGACAAUGACAGUGAAGUUGCUUUUACUUUCAAUUAAAAAAAUAGUUGUAUGUUUGUUAUUUUUGUUCUUUUGUUGAUUUUGUAAACUACUAGUAAUCUAGCAGUAGUACUUGUAUUUGGUUAAUUAUCUUUGUCUGUGAUAGAAAGAGAGUGAAAAGGAGAGUGAGAAGACAGAGACAAACAGUGAAAGAAAGCUAAGGUUCUUGUUGCAUUAAAUGGUUCAUCCAUGCUUCUUUAAUGUUGCUUUUUUAUGUGAUUUAAAGAGAAAAAAGAGAGUAACGUAACGGAAGGUAGUGAUGAAGAGUAUUCAGUGAGAGCAUAGAAGACACAGAUUCUACUGUUGUUAACAUGUGUAAUUGUCUAGGUGAUUCUAAGGUUGGACAAGAACUUGUGUUACGCUUAGAUGAAGUGUUAGUGUCAGUGAGAGUAAAGAAGGACCACUGAUACAUGCUGUUGCUUUUGGUGUUUCACUCAAAUGGUUCUCUUUUGCCUUUUCAGAACAACUACAAACAGUUCCUAUAUGAAACAUUUUCAGUCAGAGACUCACUGUUUUUCUAUUUAUUGUUACGUAUCUUACUGUUUUUUUAACCUACCGGUGCAAAAGUUAUUGAUCAUAACAAUCAUAUGCUUAUCCAUUUACUUAAUGCAUGUAUAAGUGUAUUGCCUUUUUCU